GGCCUGGAGCCCGUGGCCUGCGCAGGUGUAGCAGCUGCUGACUCCCGAUGGCGUGGGCCAAGACAAAGCUGGCCGGCCCGGAGGCUGCAGCGGCGCGUGGCCAUGGUGGAGUGUGAGGACAGCCACGGGAACACGCCGCUGUCGGAGGCAGCCGCGGGUGGGCAGCCCCUGGCCAUCCAGCUUCUGGCCGAGCUCGGCGCCAGCACCAAUAGCAAGGGCGCCUUUGGUCGGACGCCGCUGUACCGGGCAGCCUUUGGGGGCCACCUGGAAGCCGUGGAGGUGCUUCUGAAGCUCGGAGCAGACACCCGCGUGUACGCGGAAGAUGGGAGCACCCCCGCGCAGGUGGCCUCCCUGGAUGCAGUGGCCAGUGUGCUACAGUCCUGGGACCUCAGCCUCACUGAAGCCAUGCUGCAGAACAUGGAGGCUGAGUGGCAGUGCCAGGCCCAGGAAGCCCAGCAGCAGCAGGCUGCAGAGACUAACUGCUUGGCCCUCAAAGUGCAGCAGCUGGCCAGGGAGCAGCAGCAAUGUCACGAGGCGGUGGCCUCUUGUCAUAGACCCUUCAGGCCAAGCAGCCACCUUCCUGCGCUACCAGGACACCAACUAUACAGAUACCAUGAACCCAGAGCACCUGAGACUAUCCGGAUGGCGCUGCUGGGGGCACUGAGUGCUUGCAGGUAUGGGAAGCUGCUGGUGUUUGACUUUCGAGAGGUGGACCUGUUUCCUGUGGUGAAGCGGCAGCUGGAGGCCGUGCAGCCAGGCCUGGCUCAGGCACUGCUGAGCCAUGGGCUCCUAGCACAAGAGCGGUGCAGUGGCUGCCAACUGAGCAACUCCAAGUCCUGCUCCCUGUGCAGCUGCCCAGCAGAGGUCUCUAGUGCUGCCCCCAAUAAAGCACACACUGCAUCCCUGACUGCACCAGUCCAGACCCUGACUACUAGAUAUUGGAUCCCAGGGCCUGGCAGGGGAACCCUGCUAGGGAAAGGCCAAAGAUUGGGAGCCAGCCUGGUGGAACCAAUGGAUGGACAGACAGGUACCGGGGAUUGAACUCAGGACCUUGUGCUUGUGAGGCAGGUGCAGCACCACUGAGCUAAAUCCUCGACCCAAAGAAGACAAUUUCUGAAGACGAGAGAAUUAGCUUCUUAAUACCAAAUACAUGAAAAAGCAAAGUGGAAAGUUUUCUUGGGACAUGUGCACUGACCCAGACUGCUCAAGGACCUGAGGGUGUUUAGAUGGGUGUGAGCCCCACUGCCACCCUGUGUGGACACAGACCAAGGAACAGAAGGCUAGCAACUGGCCAAGGCCCAGAGGUAAGAGAGAGACCCCUUUCUCCAAACUGCAGGAGCCCUGAAAACAUUCAGAUCCCGGACCACAGGCCAGGAGAAUCCUAACCAGUACCCCUGCUUCCCAGAGCACCAGGUGACAUGGUAUAUAGUUGCAAACAUGCCAUGGGGUAGAGAGAUGCUAACAGACAAGUGUCUGAGUUUAAGAAGAAUGAGAAGUGGGUAAGGAGUCACAAACAUCUCAUCUCCAGAGGGUCCAGGAGCCAAUGGGCCUGUGGAGAUAAGGAAAUGCUAGGGACCCAGACCCUGUUGCAUAGUUCUGAUGGAUAACUCAUUCUUCUCCCCAGUGCCCACUGAUAGGCACACGAAGGGGAGGACAACACUCCAAGAAACUCCAAGAAGCGCCCGUUCCAACAAAUUCUUACAGCCACAAACUGAGAAGGCCUCAAUUUUAAAACUGUUAACACCACUGCUGGCCAUAGCCCCAGUGCUAGGAAGGAGGCUCCCGUCAUUGCUUGGACGCAGGGCUGCUGCCCAGAAACAGCAAAGCCAGCUGGCCAAGAUUAAUGGGAACUGAUAAGAAAACCAGGGCAAGCUAGGGAUAUGCUGGAGGAAAAUUAAUUUGUAUUUGAAAUAGGAAAAAAGGUCCAAAGACAAGGGGUGAAGGGAGGGGAAGGGGAAA